UUUUUAAAUAGAAAAAAAAACUUAAAAUAUUUUUUAUCACAAAAUUUUCUCGUUUCACACAAUUUACAUCAUUCAUUAUCUAUUUAUUAUUUCAUUUUCCAUUCAUUUAUAUAUUUAUUUCAUUUCAUAUUUAUUCAUAUUUACAUUUCAUUUCCUAUUUAUUACUUCAUUUUCUAUUUGUUUCCCUUCCUAUAUUAUUCCAUUUCUUGUAUUUUUAUUUCAUUUCCUAUUUACUCAUGUUUUUAUUUUAUUUCCCAUUUAUUGUUUCAUUUUUUAUUUAUCUCAUUUUUUAUUUAUUUCAUUUCCUAUUUGUUCACAUAUUUAUUUCAUUUCCUAUUCAUUUCAUUUCUUAUUUAUUCAUAUAUUUAUUUCAUUUACUAAUAUAAUACCUUUUUUAUCGCAUUAAUCGAAAUUUCAU